CGCAGCCGCCCGAACACGCCCAGACCGAGCGCUUGAGGUGCCGCAGCCGCCGCCGCCGCCGCCGCCGCGAUGUGACCUUCAGGGCCGCCAGGACGGGAUGACCGGAGCCUCCGCCCCGCGGCGCCCGCGGCUCGCCUCGGUCUCCCGGGCGCUCUGACCGCGCGUCCCCGGCCCGCCAUGGCCCCUUCGCUCUCGCCCGGGCCCGCCGCCCUGCGCCGCGCGCCGCAGCUGCUGCUGUUGCUGCUGCUGGCCGCGGAGUGCGCGCUUGCCGCGCUGUUGCCGGCGCGCGAGGCCACGCAGUUCCUGCGGCCCAGGCAGCGCCGCGCCUUUCAGGUCUUCGAGGAGGCCAAGCAGGGCCACCUGGAGAGGGAGUGCGUGGAGGAGCUGUGCAGCCGCGAGGAGGCGCGGGAGGUAUUCGAGAACGACCCCGAGACGGAUUAUUUUUACCCAAGAUACUUAGACUGCAUCAACAAGUAUGGGUCUCCGUACACCAAAAACUCAGGCUUCGCCACCUGCGUGCAAAACCUGCCUGACCAGUGCACGCCCAACCCCUGCGAUAGGAAGGGGACCCAAGCCUGCCAGGACCUCAUGGGCAACUUCUUCUGCCUGUGUAAAGCUGGCUGGGGGGGCCGGCUCUGCGACAAAGAUGUCAACGAAUGCAGCCAGGAGAACGGGGGCUGCCUCCAGAUCUGCCACAACAAGCCGGGCAGCUUCCACUGUUCCUGCCACAGCGGCUUCGAGCUCUCCUCUGAUGGCAGGACCUGCCAAGACAUAGACGAGUGCGCAGACUCGGAGGCCUGCGGGGAGGCGCGCUGCAAGAACCUGCCUGGCUCCUACUCCUGCCUCUGUGACGAGGGCUUUGCGUACAGCUCCCAGGAGAAGGCUUGCCGAGAUGUGGACGAGUGUCUGCAGGGCCGCUGUGAGCAGGUCUGCGUGAACUCCCCAGGGAGCUACACCUGCCACUGUGACGGGCGUGGGGGCCUCAAGCUGUCCCAGGACAUGGACACCUGUGAGGACAUCUUGCCGUGCGUGCCCUUCAGCGUGGCCAAGAGUGUGAAGUCCUUGUACCUGGGCCGGAUGUUCAGUGGGACCCCCGUGAUCCGACUGCGCUUCAAGAGGCUGCAGCCCACCAGGCUCGUAGCUGAGUUUGACUUCCGGACCUUUGACCCCGAGGGCAUCCUCCUCUUCGCCGGAGGCCACCAGGACAGCACCUGGAUCGUGCUGGCCCUGAGAGCUGGCCGGCUGGAGCUGCAGCUGCGCUACAACGGUGUCGGCCGUGUCACCAGCAGCGGCCCGGUCAUCAACCAUGGCAUGUGGCAGACAAUCUCUGUUGAGGAGCUGGCACGGAAUCUGGUCAUCAAGGUCAACAGGGACGCUGUCAUGAAAAUCGCGGUGGCCGGGGACUUGUUCCAACCGGAGCGAGGACUGUAUCAUCUGAACCUCACCGUGGGAGGUAUUCCCUUCCAUGAGAAGGACCUCGUGCAGCCUAUAAACCCUCGUCUGGAUGGCUGCAUGAGGAGCUGGAACUGGCUGAACGGAGAAGACACCACCAUCCAGGAAACGGUGAAAGUGAACACGAGGAUGCAGUGCUUCUCGGUGACGGAGAGAGGCUCUUUCUACCCCGGGAGUGGCUUCGCCUUCUACAGCCUGGACUACAUGCGGACCCCUCUGGAUGUCGGGACUGAAUCAGCCUGGGAAAUAGAAGUCGUGGCUCACAUCCGCCCAGCCGCAGACACAGGUGUGCUGUUCGCGCUCUGGGUCCCCGACCUCCGUGCCGUGCCUCUCUCUGUGGCCCUGGUCGACUAUCACUCCACGAAGAAACUCAAGAAGCAGCUGGUGGUCCUGGCCGUGGAGCACGUGGCCUUGGCCCUAAUGGAGAUCAAGGUGUGCGAUGGCCAAGAGCACGUGGUCACCGUCUCGCUGAGGGACGGUGAGGCCACCCUGGAGGUGGACGGCACCAGGGGCCAGAGCGAGGUGAGCGCCGCGCAGCUGCAGGAGAGGCUGGCCGUGCUCGAGAGGCACCUGCGGAGCCCCGUGCUCACCUUUGCCGGCGGCCUGCCAGGUAGGUGCUCCCUGCUCCGCUCAACCCGGGUGAAGAGCUCCAGGGAGGCCCAGCUUGGUCACCCCAGAUCUAACCUGGACAGGCUGGCGUUUCUGGUAGUGAAUGCGGAAGAGGACUUGUGUUUUAAGAGGAAGGAGAAGUCCAGGUGGGUCGUUAGUGGCCAUUAUGGUGUCUCGGUGCCGGUCAGGUCAUUGGCUGAGGCUGAGAAACACGUACGGGGGCCGGCAUUGGCCUGAGUCAGGCCCCACGAACCUGCAUCUUCAGGGAGCAUUCGUCCACACCCAUCAGACCAGCCCCGGGGGAGAGGGCUGGGCAGACCUCGGGCCAGGCUGCAGUUGGGACCCGCGGCUGUCACCACAGCUGUUAGCAGCGAACAGAGUGACCGCCAGCCCCUCCCAUGUCCAGCAGGGCGUCCCGCCAUGUCCCAUGGGCUUCACAGCACAGAGGCUGGGACUGGGGAUGUCCUUGCCGUGAGCUGGGAGGGUCAGCGGAAAGGCACGUGGGAGCCGGCAAGUCCUCGGCUGCCCGCAGGUUUUCACUUGCGGCAAACGGCAGGAUUUCUGUCUUGGCUGCCAGACACAGACUCCACUUAGUUUUAAUAAACAGAGCUUUGAAGAGGAUGAGAGCGAGCCAAGAGGCCUGCAGCCUGAAUGACUCACUGGGCACAGAAGAAGAUCACGUUUAACCGAUGGGACUGUCUGUGCUCCCAGCGGGGGAGGGCUGGCGUCUGCAGAGCCCAGGCUGGCAGAUGCCUCCUGCUUGUCUGCCGGGUCUGCAGCCGAAUGAACGGGGACAGAGAAGUUAGAGAAGAAAGGGAAAUCCUGCCCUUUCAGAGGGAACCCAGGGCUGGCCACAAGCGCUGCCGGGGGUGGGGGGGCCAGGCAGGGGCCGGCCACGUGGCGAGCCCUGGGACCCAGGCUGGGCCUGCUAAGAUAUGUUUGUUCUCUCCCCGCGGCCCAGAUGUGCCGGUGACUUCAGCGCCAGUCACCGCAUUCUACCGCGGCUGCAUGACACUGGAGGUCAACCGGAGGCCGCUGGACCUGGACGAGGCGGCGUACAAGCACAGCGACAUCACGGCCCACUCCUGCCCCCCCGUGGAGCCCGCCGCAGCCUAGGCCCCCACGGGACGCGCAGGCUUCUCAGUCUCUGUCCGAAACAGCCGGGAGGAGCCUGGGGUCUCCUCACCACGUGGGGCCAUGCUGAGAGCCGGGCUUUCCUCUGUGACCGUCCCGGCCUGUAUCAUAUCUGUAAAUAGUGAGAUGGACUUGGGGCCCCUGACGCUGCGCACUCAGCCGUGGGCCCGGGCACGGGGAGGCUGGCGCAGGGCAGAGUGGGCUCGAAGAAAAUAAUUCUCUAUUAUUUUUAUUACCAAGCGCUUCUUUCUGACUCUAAAAUAUGGAAAAUAAAAUAUUUACAGAAAGCUUUGUAA